CUGUCCAUCCCCCGUCCUCCUGGUCCUGCUGGUCAGUCAAUGAUAGUUUGAGCUGAGAGAGGACGCCACCAGAGAACGCUCAGAGCAGGGAGGAGAGGUGGAAGGGAAAACCGCCGUCACCUGCCAUCAGCUCCGUGAUUGAAACAAGGCGACAGGACAGCAGCUGACGGAGAUCUCUUUGACCUGGUGCUGCUGAUCUGUUCGUCAGCGUCGACUCAAACAAUCUGCUUCAAUCCGCUCAGAGUCUGAGCGCUUCGCCGUCUUUCCCUUCCCUCUCAAAAACCCAGAGGGAGAACAUUCCCAGUCCGACCCUCAGCGAUGUUCCUCUUCGUCCCCUCCUUCCUCCUCGUCCUCCUCCUGGCUGCUCCGGCCCUCCUGACCCCGUCGACCUCGCAGGAGUUAGAGGUCAGAGGUCAAAGGACGCCGAGGGACACCAAGGAGGACUCCAUCAAGGUGGUGAUCACCGAGGGCUGCGCCACUCAGGGGGAUUCAGCCAACGUCAACCAGGGAGGUAAAGAAAUCGACCUGAGUCCAGGUUCUCCUCUGGUCCUGACCCAUAAGAUCAAAUUCGUUCCGUCAAGUUCGGGUUCAGGAUCCGGGCCUUGCGGUUGCGAGAAGGACUUUGCCGCCCUGCGGGAACGUCUGGAGAGGCUGGAGAGGGAGGUGUCGGCCCUCAGGGAGAAAUGUGGAGGAGCUGAGGGCAGCUGCUGCACCUCCAAGGAGAGCAAAGGUGCAGGUUGCUCCAUCAAACCAGAGAUCGACGAGUGUCCCAACGAGUGCAGUGAUCAAGGUCGCUGCGUGGAGGGCAAGUGUGUCUGCUUCCCUGGUUUUAGUGGACCGGACUGCGGCGAGUCCAACUGUCCUGGAAACUGCAACGACAAAGGGAGGUGCGUUAACGGACAGUGCGUAUGCGAUCCUGGUUUCACCGGCCCCGACUGUUCACAGGGAAGCUGCCCCGAUAAUUGCAACAACCGGGGCAGGUGUGUGAAUGGCAGGUGUGUGUGUGACAGCGGCUUCACUGGUCCCAGUUGCUCAGAUGAAUCCUGUCCUGGAAAUUGCAACAACAAGGGGCGUUGCGUCAAUAGACAAUGUGUGUGCAACCCUGGGUUCACUGGCCCAGACUGCUCCAAGAAGGCAUGUCCGAAGAACUGCAGUGACCGUGGAAGGUGUGUAAACGGUAAAUGCGUUUGCGACAGCGGCUUUGCUGGUGCUGACUGCUCUGAGAAGUCCUGCCCUGGAAACUGCAACAACAGGGGGCGCUGCAUCAACGGACAGUGUGUCUGUAAGCCUGCAUUCACAGGACCAGAUUGCUCCACAAGGGCCUGUCCUGAUAACUGCAACAACCGUGGAAGGUGUGUGAACGGUAACUGUGUAUGCCACAGCGGCUUUACUGGUGCAGACUGCUCUGAGAUUGCCUGCCCGGGCAACUGCAACGGCAGGGGGCGCUGUAUAGACGGAGAGUGUGUUUGCAGUGAUGGAUUCAGCGGUCCGGACUGCUCGGAAAAAACAUGCCCCAAUGACUGCUACGACCGUGGAAGGUGUGUAGAUGGAAAAUGUGUGUGCGAUAGUGGCUUCACUGGUGAUGACUGCUCUGAGAAGUCCUGCCCUGGAAACUGCAACAACAGGGGGCGCUGCGUCAAUGGACAGUGCGUUUGCAAUGAUGGAUUCACCGGUUCAGACUGCUCUGAGAGGUCCUGUCCGGAAAACUGCAACAACAGGGGGCGCUGCGUCAAUGGACAGUGCGUUUGCAAUGAUGGAUUCACCGGUUCAGACUGCUCCGAGAAGUCCUGCCCGGGAAACUGCAACAACAGGGGGCGCUGCGUCAAUGGACAGUGCGUUUGCAAUGAUGGAUUCACUGGUUCAGACUGCUCCGAGAAGUCCUGUCCGGGAAACUGCAACAACAGGGGGCGCUGUGUCAAUGGACAGUGCGUUUGCAAUGAUGGAUUCACCGGUGCAGACUGCUCUGAGAAAGCUUGUCCCAACAACUGCAAAAACCACGGGAAAUGUGUGAAUGGGGUGUGUGUUUGUGACGUGGGCUUCGCCGGGCCGGACUGCACCGCCAAAAGCUGUCCCAAUAACUGCAGCAACAAAGGACGGUGCAUCAAAGGGAGGUGUGUCUGCCGCCGUGGGUUUAUUGGACCAGACUGCAGCCAGUGUGAGGAGGGGAAGACCGGACCCAACUGUGAUACCGUCAUGUUGGGUGUUUCUCAAUUGAGUACUCGGGACAUCACAGAGACGUCCGUCACUCUCGUCUGGACUCCGCCUCCUGUCCAGUAUGACAGCUACCACAUCACCUUCACCAGCCAGAAGGAGAGUGACCAGCAGAUAACUGUGCAGGUGGAGGGCAGCCUGACCACCUUCACCCAGAUGGGCCUGGCAGCCGGUCAGGAGUACACCGUCAGCAUCACCGGAGAGAUCGAGGGCAGGAGGGGUGCCGAGAGCUCGUCUGAAUUCAUGACACUCAUAUCUGGUCCCACCAACCUCCAAGUUGUCAAGACAACCACGACAUCUGCGGUGGUGCAAUGGGAGCAUUCGCAGGGUGAGAUUGACAGGUACCGCUUGACCGUCACGCCCAAUGACGGAGCAGGAAGAAGUCAAGAAAUGACCAUCCCGGGUGGCCAAAACUCCGCCCACAUACAGCAGCUGGAGGCGGGACGUUUGUAUGACAUCGCACUUGUGGCGGAGAAGGACACAAGUCGGAGUGAACCCACAACCACUCAGGUUACUCCCGGAAAGACAUUACCAAGGGUUACCGUGCCAGCUUUAACCACGCAGGUCACAUUACCACCUGGACAAGAUGUUGACGACAGAGACCAAAAGUCAUCUGAGGUGCAAGUCUUUGACCAAGAGGGAAGGAAAAAGGCAGACCCUCUAAAAGUGAGAGGUUCAGAUGGACCUGACACAGACUCCACAGCCCCUGUGAUUGCAAGAACUAAACCUCUGGUCAACAAAAAGAUGGCAAUAAAUGGCACCAGGAAGCCAAAUGUAUCAGGCCCUUUCCGUUUCAACACAACCAGAUUUGUGCCUGUGAGAAAGGUUGGCCAAGGUCCUUUGAAAAAGCCCCUAGUGGGGGAGAAGAAGAAGGUACCAGUAGUACGUAAAAAACCUAAACCAGGUGUCCCCAUCAUCAGAGACAGAACAAUAGCUUUGACUGAGACAGACCCAAGUGUGGAGGAAUCAAGCACUGAGAGCAGGGAUGCCAAAGAUCCAGCUCUAAUGUCCGGAACUGAUUCUGAUACAAACAGUCAAAGCAGCCUGGAGAAACCAACUAUUCCUGCUGGCUCCACAGAGCAACCAGAUGUUGGCAUGGUAGGCCAUGGAAAUGACACUGAUUCGGUGCUUUCAGAGCCAAUUGGGACUGUUCAAAGCCAAGAGAAGAAAUGUAUGAACAAAGUAAAAGUGACCCACUUCAGAUUACCUCUAAAGGACAAAGGCAACGGGUGUAGAGGGGAUGGAACGUUGUUGGUAAGAAAGAUCCUGGGCUCACAUCAAGGUUCCUCUGAAACAGAUGUUACUCCUGAUUCAAAACCCUCGUCUACAGAGACAGACGUCGACUAUUCAACAGAUCCUUUACAUAAACUCCUGAUGAACACUUUUGAGAAUAUGAACAUCACAACCUUUUCUGUUCACCUGUCCAAACCAUCAAACCUCUCGGUUGUCUCAGAAAAUCUGACGAAGCAGAUUUUAAGGGGACUAAAGCCAUUGUCGUCAAUCGCAUCCUCAUCCUCAUCAACCUCACAAUCAUCAUCACACUCAUCAGAUGAACCAUCAUCAUCAUUGCCAUCAUCUUCACCCUCAUCCUCUUCACUAGUCUCAUCUCCGUCAUCAUCACUAACGUAUUUAGAUUCGUCAUCACACUCAUCACCAUCACCACGACCAUCAUUACUAAAAUCAUCAUCACUGUCACCUCCAUCUUCAUCCAUUUCUAGCUCAGAUGAAUCAGGUUCAGUUAGAAGCAAUAAACUGGAUGUUGAUAACAGCAAAACCAUGGCUGAUGUUGCAUCACCUGAAGACAGAAAGCAACCACCCUCAGGUAAAGGUGGUGUACUUUUUUUCCGCCGCACACCUACAAAAAAUGGAUUUGUGCGUCGCCUACGCCCAAACUUUAAAUCAUUACAUAACAAAACCCAUCCGCAUAUGACAGCUCCUCACCAUUCCCCUCCUCAUUUAAACCUACAACAUACACCCACAAGUGAGUUAUUGACUUCACCAUCUUCAUCUACUUCAAUUGAAUCAUCCUCAGUUGAGGUCAAUGUACCCGCAAGCGAUACGAGUGGAUACAAAAAUGGGGAAACUACACCUGCACCCAUUGGAGUUGGACAAAAUGAGGAAAAGAUGCCAACAAAAAGAGAACAAAUCCCAAACCGUCGUCUUCCUCAAAAUGGGAGAUACCUGCAUCGGCCACGUCCAAACUUUGGACCUCUUCAGAAUCGAACCCGUCCAAAUUUGAGGCCACUGCCUCCCCCCUCUCAAUCUUUAAAUCCUGCAUCAGAAACAAGAAAAGAGCAGGUAUCUACUACUGAAUUACCAGCCACUUCAUCUCCUGUUGCCAAAGAAGCCUAUCCAACUGAAAGUACGGGGCCAAUAGGAGAGGAGAAUGCAGACAAAAUUCGCACAAGUAUGUCCACUGAGUUCAAUCAGACUUCAAGAGGAGGUGGACUGCCUUCCUCUCACCGGCCAACCACCAGAGUUGGCUAUUUCCGUCGACUGUACAAUCAACGUUUGCAAAACAAAACCCGUCCAAACCUGCGAUCACCUCAACAUCCACAUAGAGGUCCAGUGCGCAAGCCUUUCCCAACCAGAAAGCUGAAUGAAGGUAACACAAUUGCUGUUGGAAGUCAAACUAACCAAUUGGAAAAGGUUAGUACUCCUGAAAUCCCAGAUAACCAACCGGGAGAGCCGGAUUCACCCAUGCCUACCCAAGGAGUCCAAAUUAGACAAUCAGGAAAACAAGACACCACAGAGGUAAUUCCAAGUGCCCCAGUGGAUAGCCUUGACACUACCAUCAGACCACAGACUAAUGAAUUAGAAGGGGGGCUGGAUGCUCCAGUCCAAACUACCAAAUCUAGGGAAGAAGAAACUAGAAGCCCAGAUCCUAACUUGGACUCUGAAAUCCAUAAAGAGACAAGCAAUCCUGCCAGACCACAGGCUAAUCGUUUAAGAGGGGGACAGGAUGAUCCAGUCCAAACUACCAAAUCUAGGGAAGAAGAAACUAGAAGCCCAGAUCCCAACUCGGACUCUGAAAUCCAUAAAGAGACAGGCAAUCCUGCCAGACCACAGGCUAAUCAUUUAAGAGGGGGACAGGAUGAUCCAGUCCAAACUACCAAAUCUAGGGAAGAAGAAACUACAACCCCAGAUCCUAACUCUGACAUUCAUAAAGACAGAGUUAUUCCUGUCAGACCACAGACUAAUGAAUUAGAAGGGGGGCAGGAUGCUCCAGUCCAAACUACCAAACCUGAAAAAGAGACUAGAACCCCAGAGCCUAACUCUGACUCUGACAUCCAUAAAGAGAGAGUCAAUCCUGGCAACAAUACUAGUGCUACAAGUCGAGGUAGACCAACUAUAAAACAAACUUCCUCCGGUUUAAGACAUGGAGUUCCAAAUAAACCACCAGUGAGAAGCACCCAGAUGAGACACUACAUCAGUGGGAGUCAAAUGAGAGAGAAUACAAAAAGAAAUAUUACUGCAAAAAGGCUGUUUGACGGUAAACCUGAACAGACAGAGUCCAAGUCCAAGCCUCUGACGGUAUCAGACGUUUCUUCUUCUGGAGUUACGAGGGAACCUCUGGACUCUGUGGAAGUGACGAACCGGACCUCAGAUGGAUUUAUGCUGACAUGGGACUCUCCAGAAGGAAAGUACAAAAACUUUGUUGUGACAAGAAAAGAAGUUGAAAAACCGAAGCAGAAGGAAAGCAAGAGAGGUCACAAAGAAGAACCAGAGGACUCUGAAAAAGAGGAGGUGAAUCGUCAACCAACCAAAGAAGAUGAAAACAGACUUCCUGAAAGUGUCUUUACACAAAGCAGCACAACAGCCAAACCAGUGACAGGAAGUGACAAAAUCUUCAAAACGGUUCUUCCUGGUUCAGCUCGCUCCUUCCAGUUUGAGGAUCUGCCUCGUCAGACCGACUACACCGUGACUUUGCUUGGAAAGGGGCCUGGCCUUCUGUCCAGACUGCACAAGCUUGUCAUCAGUACAGGCCCGGAGCCUCCCACCAACAUAGUCUUCAGUAAGGUGACAGAAGACUCUCUGACGGUGUCAUGGACCAAACCCAAGAGCGCCGUCAGCGGUUUUAAGGUCACCUACACCCACACAGACGACGGUGAGCCGGUGUCGGUAUCCGUGGACUCAGGCGACUCCUCUGUGGGCCUAUCACAGCUCUCACCUGGUUCUUCUUACGAGGUCAACGUCAUCUCCAUCCUCGGACUGGAUGAGAGCGAUCCAAUCAGAGACUUUGUCAGGACGCUCCCUGACCCACCUACUGACCUCCGGGCUGUAAACGUCACAGACACCAAGGCCUUGUUAUUGUGGCGUCCAGCAUUGGCCACUGUUGAUGAAUACACCAUUGUUUAUGGCGCUGGGACGGGUUCAGAGUUAAGGGUCAUGGUGUCUGGAAACGAAGCGGAGCAUCAGCUGAGUGGUCUGGAAGGAUCCACCACCUACACCGUCACCAUCAGCAGCCGGCUGGGCAACCAGGAGAGCUCACCGGCCACCACCUCGUUCACCACCACCAAAGCCUCUGGGAACGGGCCACAAGACCUCCAGGCCAGCAACGUGACCCCUCGCACUGCCCUGCUAUCAUGGAAACGGCCGCCAAAUCCCGUGGGCAGCUACAGACUGACCUAUCAGACGGAAGGUCAUGAAAUGAAGGAAGUGAUUGUGGGCGCCGCAGUAACCGAGUACAACCUGACCAGACUUCACCCUGGGUCGAAGUACACGGUGCAGCUACAGGCAGAAGAAGGAGGACGAUACACUUCCACCAUCUCCACUGAGUUCACCACCGGCACCCUGAGGUUCCCCUUCCCCACAGACUGCUCUCAGGAGCUGCUGAACGGCAUCAAGGCGUCAGGUGAGGUGGAGAUUUUCCCUCAGGGCAAACUCGGGAAGCCUGUGAUGGUUUACUGCGACAUGGAGACAGACGGAGGAGGCUGGACGGUCUUCCAGAGGAGGAAGGACGGCUCGGUGAACUUCUUCAGAGGCUGGAAAGAUUACACUAAAGGAUUUGGAGAUCUGAGUGGAGAGUUUUGGCUGGGUCUCGACAGCCUCCACAACCUGACAACGAUGACCAGGAUGAAUCUUCGUGUCGACCUGCGAGACAAAGACGAGUCGGUGUACGCAGAGUACUCAACGUUCGAGGUGGCCAAGAGGAACUACAGACUGACUGUAGGCGGAUACAGCGGCACCGCAGGUGAUUCUUUCAGUUAUCAUAACAACCGGGUCUUCUCCACCAAAGACCGGGAUCCAACACCGUUCAUCACCCGCUGUGCCAUGUCGUACCGAGGAGGCUGGUGGUACAAGAACUGCCACGAGGCAAACCUCAACGGCCUCUACGGCAUUGAUGUCAAACACCAGGGUGUGAUCUGGACCAGCUGGAAAGGAAAACAGCACUCCAUCCCGUUCACUGAGAUGAAGAUGAGACCGGCGUCCUUCUAUCCUCCAGUCAGAGGAUAGAAGAGAGAAAGAAGAUAAUGAACUGUUAAACACACAUGCACGGACAGCAGCGUUUCGGUACAUGUGCAAACACACACACACACACACACACACACACACACACACACACACACACACACACACACACGUGUUAACAGGGAGCCUCGCUCUCACUUCAGAAGAGAUGAAGACGUAUUUUUUAAUUUGUAUAGAGGUCAGUUAUCAGUAUGUUACUGUAGAUUGUACAGUUUUUUUUGCAUUUUUAUCUUUUCUUCUUUAAAGCUGCUCCCACUCGCUCUGUAUUUAAAGGGUCAGUUCACACACAUUACAAAAAUACAUAUUUCCUACUUGUCGACCCGUGCAGAUGGUUUCAUGUACAGGUGUACGUGUAGCUGAUGUUUGCAACACUUUAAUCAGUUGUAUCUCUAAAAGUGCAACUCAGAAGUGACUUUCUGAUGUAGUGGAACAAAACAACAUACAUAAAACACGGAAACAUUACACACAGUCAUUUGUUGCUUGUUAAAACCUCCAUGAACAGAUCUAAAGGUGAGAAAAUACAGUUUUUCGCCUGACAACAGGUGAAAAUAUCUUUGCUGUUUCUGAUCAGCUGAAGUGGAAACAAACAGAGGACGUGGUUUUGGUUUGAGGCUCUUCAUGUCGCCGUGCAUCAACCACAGCUUCAGACUUCAAACUCCGCCUUACAUUUAAAGCUCAACACCACCCCCUGCUGUCCGCUCUAAGUUAUAUCAGAUCAGAGUGUUUCGUUUGUAUUUGUUGUGGUUCAGCUGCCUUCAACUUCCUGUGUCGUCUUUUUUGUAAAUCUCUUUGUGUUUCAUUUUCUUUUUUACGUUUCCGCCCCUGAAACAGAAUACAACAAUAAAAUGAUUGAAAAUGAAA